UUGAUGCCGCAGAGCUCCCCCAACGCCGCCGCCACCGCCUCCGACAUGGACAAGAACAGCGGCUCCAGCGGCUCCUCCGCCUCUUCGGGCAGCAGCAAAGGGCAACAGCCGCCCCGCUCCGCCUCGGCGGGGCCGGCCGGCGAGUCUAAACCCAAGAGCGAUGGAAAGAACUCAAAUGGAUCCAAGCGUUAUAAUCGCAAACGUGAACCUUCCUACCCCAAAAAUGAAAAUUUCAGCAACCAGUUCCGUCGCUCCAAUUCACAGAAAAGCAAAACUUUUAACAAGAUGCCUCCUCAAAGGGGCGGCGGCAGCAGCAAACUCUUUAGCUCUUCUUUUAAUGGUGGAAGACGAGAUGAGGUAGCAGAGGCUCAACGGGCAGAGUUUAGCCCUGCCCAGUUCUCUGGUCCUAAGAAGAUCAACCUGAACCACUUGUUGAAUUUCACUUUUGAACCCCGUGGCCAGGCGGGUCACUUUGAAGGCACUGGACAUGGCAGCUGGGGAAAAAGGAACAAGUGGGGCCAUAAGCCUUUUAACAAGGAACUCUUUUUGCAGGCCAACUGCCAGUUUGUGGUGUCUGAAGACCAAGACUACACAGCCCAUUUUGCUGAUCCCGAUACCUUAGUCAACUGGGACUUUGUGGAACAAGUGCGCAUAUGCAGCCAUGAAGUGCCGUCUUGCCCAAUAUGCCUAUAUCCACCUACUGCAGCCAAGAUCACCCGUUGUGGACACAUCUUUUGCUGGGCAUGCAUCCUGCAUUAUCUUUCACUGAGUGAGAAGACCUGGAGUAAAUGUCCUAUCUGUUACAGUUCUGUGCAUAAGAAGGAUCUCAAGAGUGUUGUUGCCACAGAGUCGCGUCAGUAUGUUGUUGGUGACACCAUUACGAUGCAGCUGAUGAAGAGGGAGAAAGGGGUGUUGGUGGCCUUGCCCAAAUCCAAAUGGGUGAAUGUAGACCAUCCUAUUCAUCUAGGAGAUGAACAGCACAGCCAGUACUCCAAGUUGCUGCUGGCCUCUAAGGAGCAGGUGCUGCGCCGGGUCGUUCAGGAAGAGAAAGUAGCACUUGAGCAGCAGCUGGCAGAGGAGAAGCACACUCCCGAGUCCUGCUUUAUUGAGGCAGCUAUCCAGGAGCUCAAGACUCGGGAAGAGGCUCUGUCAGGAUCCGCUGAAAGCAGAGGGGAGGUGACUGGUGUUGUGGCUGCUCUGGAACAACUGGUGCUGAUGGCUCCCUUGGCAAAGGAGUCUGUUUUUCAACCUAGGAAGGGCGUGCUAGAGUAUCUAUCUGCUUUUGAUGAAGAAACCACCGAAGUUUGCUCCUUGGGCUCUCCUUCUCGCCCUCUUGCUCUCCCUCUGGUAGAGGAAGAGGAAGCAAUGUCUGAACUAGAGCCUGAGGGGUUGUCAGAGGCCUGUGAUGACUCGGAGUUAGCAGAUGACACCCUUGGCGAGGGGACCAUUUGUACUGAGUCCAGCCAGCAGGAGCCCAUCACCAAGCCAGGCUUCACACACAUGAGCUGCUCUCCUUGUUACUACUUUUACCAAGCGGAGGACGGGCAGCACAUGUUCCUGCACCCUGUGAAUGUGCGCUGCCUGGUGCGGGAGUAUGGCAGCCUGGAGCAGAGCCCUGAGAAGAUCUCGGCCACGGUGGUGGAGAUCGCUGGGUACUCCAUGUCUGAGGAUGUUCGACAGCGUCACAGAUAUCUCUCUCACUUGCCACUCACCUGUGAGUUCAGCAUCUGUGAACUGGCUCUGCAGCCUCCUCUGGUCUCUAAGGAAACCCUGGAGAUAUUCUCAGAUGACAUUGAGAAGAGGAAGCGUCAGCGCCAGAAGAAGGCUCGGGAGGAACGCCGCCGAGAGCGCAGAAUUGAGAUGGAGGAGAACAAGAAACAGGGCAAGUACCCAGAAGUCCACAUUCCCUUAGAGAAUCUACAGCAGUUUCCUGCCUUCAAUUCCUAUACCUGCUCCUCCGAUUCUGCUUUGGGUCCCACCAGCACCGAGGGCCAUGGGGCCCUCUCCAUUUCUCCUCUUAGCAGAAGUCCGGGUUCCCAAGCAGACUUUCUGCUGACCCCUCUGUCACCCACUGCCAGUCAGGGCAGUUCUUCAUUCUGCGUUGGCAGUCUGGAAGAAGACUCUCCCUUCCCUUCCUUUGCCCAGAUGCUGAGGGUCGGAAAAGCAAAAGCAGAUGUGUGGCCCAAAACUGCUCCAAAGAAAGAUGAAAACAGCUUAAUUCCUCCUGCCCCUGUGGACAGCGAUGGGGAGAGUGAUAACUCGGACCGUGUUCCUGUGCCCAGCUUCCAGAAUUCCUUCAGCCAAGCUAUUGAAGCAGCCUUCAUGAAGCUGGACACGCCAGCUACUUCGGAUCCCCUCUCUGAAGAGAAAGGAGGAAAGAAGAGAAAAAAACAGAAACAGAAGCUCCUGUUCAGCACCUCAGUCGUCCACACCAAGUGACACUACUGGCCCAGGCUACCUUCUCCAUUUGGUUUUCUUUUUUCCGUGCUUUUGUUUUGCUGCUGUAAUUUUUAAGUAUUUGAGUUUGGACAGAUUAGCUCUGGGGGGAGGGGGUUUCCACAGUGUGAGGGGGAACCAAGAAAAUUUUAAAUACAGUGUAUUUUCCAGCUUCCUGUCUUUACACCAAAAUAAAGUAUUGACACUCACAAGAGA